AUUCUCCCUCACCCAAACACACCAACACCCACUCACUAAGCUCGCAAUAGCAUAUAUACAAUGCCAAGACCAUGACAGCAGACGUGUCGCCGUCGUCAAAGUUGUCGUCGUCGUCGCUCACCUCGCCAGCGAAUCCCCUCCUAGCCGUGUCACUGCUCCCCGACGCCGAGCUCGACGGCAUCAUCGACAGCGUGCUCGACGGGAAGCCGACCACCACGUCUACCGGCAGAGCGAAACUUGCGUCCGGAUGCGAGGAGCUCGAUUGUGAGAUCGGCGGUGGGUUGCGGAGCGGUGAUGUCGUGGGCGUUUCUGGGGAUGUGAUGCUAGGGACGGGGGUCGUUGAUCUCUGUAUGGCGUUCCUUGUUUCUUACCUAGUCGGGGAAAAUGAGACGGGUGCUGCUGCUGUCUUGGAUACCACGGGCAACUUCGACGUCAUGCGUCUGUAUUCGCAGAUUCUUGCACGGUUGAAGAAGUCUCAUGGUAGCGACGGAGGGGAUGCGGGUGUUGAGGAGAAGGCUGCUGGAGUGCUGGCUCGCGUGAAGAUCAUGCGGGUUUUCGAUCUGGUGGGUGUGAAGGAGUCGAUUUGGGAGAUUAAGGAGGGGCUGGAGGUGACGGGGGAGCAGGGUCGGGAUGAGAUGGAAAAGGAGGUUGAGCAACGGGGCAUGAUGCCGGCUGAUGAUGUUGCUGUGGGGGAUGUGAGGGAGAAGGUCAUUGCGGAUAGUGAGGGGGAAGAGGACGAUGAGGAGAUUUUGUUCCAGACACAGGAUGAGAGCAUCACGCCGUUUGUGGUAUCUGACGAUACAGCUGCUGCGGGAAUGAUAGGUGAUGGGAAAGACACCGUGCAAGUCGAGGGGAAAGUGGGAUUCAUUCUCAUGGAUAACUUCGCACACGUCCUCCUACCUCUGUUGAAGAAAGACGCUGUUCAAGCAAACGCAUUCGCCUCAGCGCUCUUCCGCACAAUAUCCCACCUAACGCAAACCCACUCCCUCACCACCAUCCUGACCAACCCAGCAUCAGUCCCACGCACUACAGCAUCACCGCAACCAAAACCCAACAAUGAGGGCAAGUUCAACAUACCACCCCACACCCCACAUCAGACGCAGCGUCAACCCGUCCCACCGCCAUCGGUCUUCUCGUCCAACAAGGCUAUUCCGGCUCUGGGACAUAUCUUGCCGCAGGUACUUGACUUGCACUUACUUGUGUCGGAGAUGCCGAGAAGAGAAGAGGAUGCGAGGGUGAUGGCUUCACGGGGAGGGGAGCAGGGCAGUGGGUAUAGGAGGAAUGUGAGGGGGGUUGAGAUGGUGAGUGUUGUCGAGGUGUUGGCGGAUCGAUGGGGGGGGAGAGUUGGGGCUUGGGCGAUGAUGUUGCCGGAGGUGGCGGAUGGGAGAUGAGGUUUGAGGCUUGAGAUGAUGGAUUGUAAGGGAGAAGUAAAGAUACCCCAUCCCCCUUGAAUUGAGGGGAUUGAUAGAUCAUGUUAGGUUUCAUUUGUUGGGAGCUCUUGUAUAUUUAAGCAUAGAAUUUUAUUAGGUGAGGUUGUCUGCUUGCUAGCAGUUUUAGCACAUACAAAGAAAAUUCAUAUAGGG